GGGUCGAGACAGACAGGCAAAGGUACAGGAGACAGACGGGUGAGAGCAGAGAGAGAUGAUCAUGGGACGCAGUAAACACAUGAAAGGAUGUGGUAGAUAUUGAAGACGUUUGAGACAGAAAAAGGGGGGAGUUAGGAAGAGGUAGAAAAAAGGGGAGAGAAGAAAGAAAGAGAGUACAGCCAACUGGCAUAUUUUGAGUUAUUCGGCUUAGCUCUAAAAAGUCUCAGUCGGCCCAGACUCCAAACCACACGGACCAACGUCCUCUGUGCACACUCUCCACUGCAACAUGCACGCUCUGUGAAAUGACGGGAGUUGAAUCCAAGGAGAUACUGACAAGAUAGUUUUGUCCAAUUGUGGAAUUAGUUUUGAGUACUUGACAUUAAGAGUCACACCUACAGUACAAUGGGCCUGCACUAUGGAAUAUGAUAUUGAUUUCUACAAACAUUUCACCUGGCUCAGAAAGGUGAACGUGAAUUCCAACAGUAACAGUGACUCAUACCAGGAACGGUUAUCACGACUGGAGGGAGACAAAGAGUCACUAAUUCUGCAGGUGAGCGUGCUGACAGAUCAAGUGGAAGCUCAGGGCUCGAAGAUCAGUGAUCUGGAGAAUUCUCUGGUGGAACAUCAGCACAAACUCAACUCCACGGAGGAGAUGCUACAGCAGGAGCUCCUACAUAGGACGUCAUUGGAGAGCCAGAAGCUGAGUCUCAUGGGGGAGGUGUCCUACCUGAAACUGAAGCUGGCAGACAUGGAGGGGAAACAGAGUCAUGGGGCUGAAAGGCAGCAAAAAGCAGAGACCGUAGUUAAUUUCAUUAGCGAGCUGCAGGAGCAGAUGUGUCGGUUUCAGGAGGAGAUCAAUAGCAAGAUCCAGGAGAAAAAAGCCUCCGAGAGCCCAGCUGAAAGUGGCUCUCCUGCGGUCGGCUGCACUGAAACCACUGAGGGCAAGGGACCCAACCCUGGGGUGAAUCUGAAUCUAGACGAGCUUCAAGAUGGCUCUGAUGAGAGCGCACACAACCUGGAAGAGGGUAGCUCAGAUGCAGAGCAACAGUGCCACUAUGGAGGGGAAAGUGGUUUACUGAAGGAGCUCCGGAGUCUGAAAGUCAAGGUGGAGCACCUGGAGGAUCAGAAGUUACAAUAUGAGAAGAAACUCAAAGCGACAAAGGCAGAGAUCGGCAGCCUUCAGCAGCUCCUGCUCAGUAAGAACGCAGAGAUCGAGAGCUUGCACACGCAGCUGCUGGCCAGACCCUCUCUAUCAACUGAGAGCCCAGAGAGAGACGAGAUUUACAGGAGGAGGCUAAAUGCCAAAUAUCAGGAACUGCAGAGGCUUAAGAUUGGAAUGAAGUCACUGGUCGCUGCCAACGAUGAAAAGGACCGGCGUAUUGAAGAGCUCACUCUGCUCCUGAAUCAGUGCAGGCAAUUCAGAGAGGUCACACACACCACAAAGCAAGCUCCCCCUGCUGUCCAUUUACUAUCAAACGGCAGGACGCCUUCAAGUAGCAGUGAGGAAGAGGAGCAGGUUUUGCUGAAAAAUACUGACUCUUCCAGUGCAAAAUCUGAGGAUGUCAAGUCUGAAGUUUCCACGAACAGCUCUUCCUCCCGUCAAACAUCACUCACAUCUGGUCAGAAGGACAGUGAUUACAGAACAGAAUCUCAGACACUAUCAAACAGUAUGAACAAUCUAACAAAUGGAACUUCACCAAAGAGCGGUCUCGGUGGCUCCAGAAGUCAGACGAUGCCUGUCAAGUCCUCACUGUCGGAGCAAAACGGGUUGGGGGGCAGCAGCAGCAGCAGCAGCGAGAUCCAGAGCCAAAGGUCUCCAGAUGGCAGCGAAGACGGAGACUCCAGUCAAAGUCAAAGAAAGUCGGAGAAAGCCGAUGACAGCGCUUCGAGUAGUAAUUCCCCCGUUCAUUCUGAAGCGAAUGCACAGCCUGGCCAACGAACCGUGGGCUCACCAGAAUACAUGAAGAACAACAGGAGCUUCAAGAGACUCUGGGGAAAACUAAGGAGAACUCAAUCUGGAGGGCUUCAGUCAGCAGAUCCAGAUGCAGGUCAGUUUAGGAGAGGGGGACUACGUGCCACAGCUGGACCCAGACUGACCAGGACUCCUGAAUCUUAUGACUCUUCACGUGAUAUGAAUAUUCCAUUCAGCCAGUGGACCAAGGAGCAGGUGUGUGGCUGGCUCGAGGAUUAUGGGCUGGGUCAGUACAUCAGUCUCUCCAGACAGUGGGUCGACAGCGGACAAACACUUCUGUCUGCUUCACCUCAGGAGAUUGAAAAGGAGAUGGGUCUGAAGAAUCCUCUGCACAGGAAAAAGCUCCAGCUGGCUCUGAGGGCGUUCACCACCAAAGUUAUAGAGAAAUCAUCAGAGCUGGACCACAUCUGGGUCACCCGCUGGUUGGAUGACAUUGGUUUGCCUCAGUAUAAAGACCAGUUCCAUGAGGCACGAGUAGACGGUCGAAUGAUACAAUACCUCACAGUGAAUGACCUCUUGACUCUAAAAGUUACCAGCCAGCUGCAUCACCUCAGUAUCAAAUGUGCCAUUCACGUCCUUCAUGCCAACAAGUUCAACCCUCACUGUCUUCGCCGUAGGCCAGGCGACGAGAAGCAGCCCAGUCCCUCAGAGGUGGUGCAGUGGUCUAACCAUCGUGUGAUGGAGUGGCUUCGAGCAGUGGAUCUAGCCGAGUACGCUCCUAAUCUACGGGGCAGUGGUGUCCAUGGCGGCCUGAUUAUCCUUGAGCCACGCUUCACCGCAGAAACUCUGGCCCUGCUGCUAAAUAUCCCUCCUCAGAAGACUUUGCUCCGUCGCCACCUUGCCACUGCCUUCUCUACCCUGGUGGGGGUUCAGGCCACACAGGAGAAGCGGGAGUACGGCAAUGCCACAGGCCACGUUCCCCUCACAACCACUGCCAAAGUGAAGCCAAAAAAGCUGGGCUUCACCCAAUUCAGUCACCUGAGAAAGAGGAAACCCGACGAAUCCGCGGAUUAUAUUUGCCCCACGGACGGUGGAGCGCUGUCGGUGAACGGAGUUUCCAGAUCGCACUCCGCAGCAUUCAAGGGCCUCAGCCCCAGCUUGGACAGACAGGCUGAGAAGCGGGAGCAGACUGGGACUAAGGUCGAGGCCAAUGGCUUCAAAGAAUAAUUUAAAUACUAGCUCCAGACUCGCCAUCGCUGCCCUCUCACUAGUGACUUAUGUGAAUCAGUGAAGAUUUGAACGCAGAAACUCAAUCAGGAUGCAACAGUGUGAUGAUUUGCUGAAUGGGCGACAAAGACGACGCGUUGCACAUGCUACUGUUGGUCAUUGUUGUUUGUCGCUCGCACGUUGUUCACCUAAAGAUUAUGAAUGAGGACACUGUGUGCAUUGUCUAAUGAAAGCUGCUCUCUGCAUUCCUUACACGAUCAGAUUCCAAAGCUUAUACUUGCUUCAAAAAAAUCAUUGAACUUUACUUUACUUGACCAUUUUGUAUCUGUAGAUUUAGGAUAUCGAUGCCUUCUAUCUUGUUAAAUACCUGGUUUGACUCUACAGUAUGUUUGACAUUGGUUACCCUAAGUGUUGCUGUUUCACUUUAAUCUAUGAGUGACAUAAAGUUUGAAUACUUUUCAUGGUACAUUAAUUAAACUGCUCUGCACCUUUGAA